AUGGAGAAGAUGUCGCGGGUAACCACGGCCCUGGGCAGCAGCGCCAUCAGCGGGCGCACCAUGUUCUGCCACCUGGACGCGCCCGCCAACGCCAUCAGUGUGUGCCGCGAUGCCACACAGGUGGUGGUGGCCGGCCGCAAUAUCUUCAAGAUCUAUGGCCUGGAGGAGGAGCAGUUUGUGGAGAAGCUCAACCUGCGCGUGGGCCGCAAGCCCUCGCUCAACUUCAGCUGCGCCGACGUCAUGUGGCACCAGAUGGAGGAGAACCUGCUGGCCACGGCUGCCACCAACGGGGCGGUGGUCACCUGGAACCUGGGCAAACCAUCGCGCAACAAGCAGGACCAGCUGUUCACCGAGCACAAGCGCACGGUCAACAAGGUGUGCUUCCACCCCACCGAAGUCUACAUGCUGCUCAGUGGCUCCCAGGAUGGCUACAUGAAGUGCUUCGACCUGCGCAAGAAGGAGUCCGUCAGCACCUUUUCAGGUAUGUGUGUCUGUGGAUAGUUCUUGCACUCUUUGAGGUUGAACACAGGAGUAACACCUUAGGUGGAGUGUAGAAAUACCUACCUGGGCCUGGUUUCCUGAUAGCAAUGCAAUUUAGGCUUCCAAGUGUUUUAAUGAUGCAUCGUUCCUACAACGGCCGAAGAUGUAACAUGAGUUUCCCAAACACCACGCAGAAAGAACAUUAACUAAGUGCGUUGUUGGACAUGUGUCAAUACUGAUAGGAAGAAAGGCAGUGCUGCUUUUUGAUCAGCUUUCUCCAUUCAAAUCUUACCUUAACAUAAUAAUUAUUCCACAGUACUGACUACAGAUCAGCUUCUAGAGAGUUAUCACCUUACGGCUGCAAAUAUUGAGGUGGCUUAUUCUAAUGCUUACCCUAUAAUAAAUCUCAGAUUAAUUUGGCACAUCAUUGUGCACAUGUUGUUACACAUCAUUAAAUAUAUUGAGGCAAAAAUGUGUGUUGCAACAAAUAGAACUCAAUUGACUGAACAUUUUAUCCUUCACUUGUUCAAUAGCAAAGACAUAGGCAACUUUGUAUUUAUAGUAAACUUUGUUAUGAAGUUAUCGGUGGUCACAGAGAGACAGAUAAACAGCUUGAUUCUAUGUUUCGCAGAGAUCUUCUGUGUAUAAAGUGACGCAUAAGGGCAAAAAAGCAUCUAACGAGGCACUUAGCUGUUCUGUUCGAGUGGUCUGAGGCAGGUGCUAAAUAACAAUUGUUUUCAAGUGCAACUUUACUAACAAUGGUUUUGGGAAACAGCUCGGAGAUUUAACGAUGCUCCUACGAAGGUUCUAAUGAUGAACUUAACCUUAAGAUGCUUUUGGGAAACCGGGCCCUGCUCAUGUCCAGGAAUGCCUCUGGGCUACAAAACAAACAGCAUCUUAUUAGUUACCAAGGACCCUUUUCAGACAGUGUCUUAAACAAUCCAUUUUGAAGAGUAACAAUAAACAAAACACAGUCGUACGACAUGGUAAUGAACCUGGUCUGAGGACGUUCGUGUUUAUCUAUGUUCUUUUUUUCAGGUCAGUCGGAGAGCGUAAGAGAUGUUCAGUUCAGCAUGAAGGAUUACUUUACUUUUGCUGCUUCCUUUGAGAACGGUAACGUCCAGCUGUGGGACAUCCGGAGGCCUGACCGGUAUGAGAGGAUGUUCACAGCCCACACCGGCCCUGUGUUCUGCUGUGACUGGCACCCCGAUGACAGGUAGGGAGAGGCUUUAGAGAAAGACAUGUUGAUACAGUGAGGGAAAAAAGUAUUUGAUCCCCUGCUGAUUUUGUACGUUUGCCCACUGACAAAGAAAUGAUUAGUCUAUACUUUUAAUGGUAGGUUUAUUUGAACAGUGAGAGACAGAAUAACAAACAAAAAAUCCAGAAAAAAGGAAAUAAGUAUUUGACCCCCUCUCAAUCAGAAAGAUUUCUGGCUCCCAGGUGUCUUUUUAUACAGGUAACGAGCUGAGAUUAGUAGCACACUCUUAAAGGGAGUGCUCCUAAUCUCAGCUUGUUACCUGUAUAAAAGACACCUGUCCACAGAAGGAAUCAAUCAAUCAGAUUCCAAACUCUCCACCAUGGCCAAGACCAAAGAGCUCUCCAAGGAUGUCAGGGACAAGAUUGUAGACCUACACAAGGCUGGAAUGGGCUACAAGACCAUCGCCAAGCAGCUUGGUGAGAAGGUGACAACAGUUGGUGCGAUUAUUCGCAAAUGGAAGAAACACAAAAUAACUGUAAAUCUCCCUCGGCCUGGGGCUCCAUGCAAGAUCUCACCACGUGGAGUUGCAAUGAUCAUGAGAACGGUGAGGAAUCAGGCCAGAACUACACAGGAGGAUCUUGUCAAUGAUCUCAAGGCAGCUGGGACCAUAGUCACCAAGAAAACAAUUGGUAACACACUACGCCGUGAAGGACUGAAAUCCUGCAGCGCCCGUAAGGGCCCCCUGCUCAAGAAAGCACAUAUACAGGGCCGUCUGAAGUUUGCCAAUGAACAUCUGAAUGAUUCAGAGGAGAACUGGGUGAAAGUGUUCAGAUGAGACCAAAAUCGAGCUCUUUGGCAUCAACUCAACUCGCCGUGUUUGGAGGAGGAGGAAUGCUGCCUAUGACCCCAAGAACACCAUCCCCACCGUCAAACAUGGAGGUGGAAACAUUAUGCUUUGGGGGUGUUUUUCUGCUAAGGGGACAGGACAACUUCACUGCAUCAAAGGGACGAUGGGCGGGGCCAUGUACCGUCAAAUCUUGGGUGAGAACCUCCUUCCCUCAGCCAGGGCAUUGAAAAUGGGUCGUGGAUGGGUAUUCCAGCAUGACAAUGACCCAAAACAAACGGCCAAGGCAACAAAGAAGAAGAAGCACUUUAAGGUCCUGGAGUGUCCUAGCCAGUCUCCAGACCUUAAUCCCAUAGAAAAUCUGUGGAGGGAGCUGAAGGUUCAAGUUGCCAAACGUCAGGCUCGAAACCUUAAUGACUUGGAGAAGAUCUGCAAAGAGGAGAGGGACAAAAUCCCUCCUGAGAUGUGUGCAAACCUGGUGGCCAACUACAAGAAACAUCUGACCUCUGUGAUUGCCAACAAGGGUUUUGCCACCAAGUACUAAGUCAUGGUUUGCAGAGGGGUCAAAUACUUAUUUCCCUCAUUAAAAUGCAAAUCAAUUUAUACAAUUUUUGACAUGCGUUUUUCUGGAUUUUGUUGUUGUUAUUCUGUCUCUCACUGAUCAAAUAAACCUACCAUUAAAAUUAUAGACUGAUCAUGUCUUUGUCAGUGGGCGAACGUACAAAAUCAGCAGGGGAUCAAAUACUUUUUUCCCUCACUGUACAUGUUGAAAAAGCAUUGAUGUUUGCAUUGGUUGACCAUUCAUCUAAAGUGAAUUUGCUUUAGAUACAGUAAUCGUUUUUGCUUACAGUGUGGCUGUUGAUUCACUUGACUCAACAGCCACCCCUGAAUCAACAGCCACAUUGCUAAUGUAUUGGCCUCUGUCUGCAGGGGCUGGCUGGCCACUGGCGGCCGGGACAAGAUGGUGAAGGUGUGGGACAUGACCACCAACCGGGCCAAAGAGAUCUACUGCGUCCAGACCAUCGCCUCGGUGGCCCGGGUCAAGUGGCGUCCUGAGAGGAAGUGGCACCUGGCCACCUGCUCCAUGAUGGUGGACCACAACAUCUACGUGUGGGACGUCCGGCGGCCCUUCAUCCCCUUUGCCACCUUCGAGGAGCACAAGGAUGUGACCACAGGCAUCGUGUGGCGCCACCAGCACGACCCCUACUUCCUGCUGUCAGGCUCCAAGGACAGCACACUCUACCAGCACAUGUUCAAGGACGCCAGCCGGCCCGUUGACCGGGCCAACCCCGAGGGGCUGUGCUUCGGCCUGUUUGGAGACCUAGCCUUCGCCGCCAAGGAGAGCCUCAUCAGUGGCGACACCAACAGGAAACCGUACCCGGGUGGCGACCGCCGCUACCCCAUCUUCUUCUUCAAGAAGCCCGAUCUGACGGAGCAGUUUGCCCACGUGUCAAGCGCCCUCAGCGUGUUCGAGUCAUCUCUGGAGAGCAGGUGCAUGGACUGGUUUGUAAAGACGGCGCGCCUCUACCUCCUCGGCGGCAAACCAUUCGCCGAGCUGUGUGACCACAACGCCAAGGUGGCCAAGGAGCUCAACAGACCUCAGGUCAGUCAGUCUGCCCCUCAGAGAUAAGCUACAUUCAUUUACACAUACCCAAUGAAUAAUUGUUGUGGAACUAAGUAGAGUUUUGAUGAUCACUAACAAGCUAUUUCAUAUUUCCCCAUUUGAAGGUUUCUACUACAUGGACCAUGCUUCGGCUCAUGUUCUCAGAUCCAGCUAACCUCUCGACACCUGGUCCAAAUAACAUCAGCAAACUGGGCAACCUUCCUUUAAUGAACAGGUACUUACCCCAGGCUUUACAUAAAACACAUAAGCUGAAAAAUAGUGUGGACAAACUAAAAGACCUAAAAGUUAAAAUCUUGAAUCCUUUUUUGUGUCCGCCCAAGUUUCAGUAUGAAGGAGAUGGGGACAGAGAGCAGGCUGGACCGCAGUAAAGGAGAGAUCAGACAGGACAGCAUUCACCUGGAGCCUGGGAACUCGCUCAUCAACAGCAACAACGACGGUGAGAGUAAAACUCUAAAAACACUCAAGCUGCUCCCACUUCACUGAAGAAAUUAAUCAACAUAUAGGUUGUUUUUGUGAACCACAUUUAGUAGAAUGUUACUUACUGUGAUGGAUGCAAUAGAUGAGUAAACGAUAUAGAGAUUUGUCCCACUGCAGAGAAUGAGGAGACAGAGGGGAGUGAGGGACAGGCGGAGUACAUGUUUGGUGACGCUGAGCUGGAUGACGAUGACCUCUACUCUAUAGAGCUUGAAAACCAGGCCGGUGAGUCUCUGACCCUCUUGGACUCUCAGAGGGUCUCUCAGGGGGAGUUGGGAUAUUCAAAGAACACAUUUCUAUUUCACACCUCACACUUGUACAGGUUACCCACUUGUACAUGCAGUGAAACAGGAUAAAUAUAAGCACCCCCUAUUUGUCCUUUGACGUAGCCAAUAGCCACCACUAACCUUACAUGUCGAAUGCCAUUUCAAUGGAGGUUACAGCCAUGUUUCAGGGCUAGGCUAUGAUCUACGACUUUUACUUUCUGAGCUUGUUCUUUUCUGGUGUUUUCAGCGGAGGAACAGGAGUACACGCUUCCCCAGGAGGCCUUCCCGCUGCGCCACGAGAUCAUGGACAACCCGUCGGUGCCGGAGCACCUGCAGCAGGACAAGGCCGACUCGCCGCACGCCAGCGGCAACGAGGCGGAGGUCAUGUGCCUGACACCCACCGAGUCCUUCUCGCUGAUCGCCAUCUCACAGCCGCUGUUCAGCACCCACCUUCCCGCCCACUUCUUCUGCCCCGUGGUCAGGGAGAUGCUGAGCCACUAUGCUGAGCAGGGCGACGUGCAGAUGGCUGUCUCGGUGCUCAUCGUCCUGGGUGACCGCAUCCGCAAGGAGAUCGACGACCUCACUCAGGUCAGAGCUAGGGAUAUAACAGUUGUCAUGGUGAAGAACUGAAGAUUUAUAAUACUAAUAAUGUUGAGAAAAUGUAUGGUCGGUUCCUGAACCAGAAUACAGAUUCAAUGAUUAUGUGUUGCAGAAAAUUAAUUGGGAUGCUCUUGAGAAUUCUGUUUGAACAAUUUAACAUGGCUUAUUGGUUUACAAAUAACUGCUUGAUAGACUAAAUAAUGACGGAGGUUAGAGCCUUGGUAAUCUGCAUAUCCUCCAAGCUGACAAAUAUGUUGUUCAUUUCAGCAUGUUCUAAUAAUAGCGUUGACCCUAUUUCAGGAGCACUGGUACAUGUCCUACAUUGACUUGCUGCAGCGUUUCGAACUGUGGAACGUGUCCAACGAGGUCAUCAAGCUGAGCACUUGCAGCGCCAUCACCUGUCUGAACCAGACGUCUACCACGCUGCACGUCAACUGCAGCAACUGCAAACGACCCAUGAGCAACAGGGGCUGGAUCUGUGACAGGUAUAACUUAAAACCAUAACAUAGAACUUUGACCUACCUAACACAGUAAAGGGAAGGGUUACUAACCAAUGAGAAACAAUCUAGAAAGGCAUUACAGUGUAACUAAAUGGCAUAUUACAUAUUUCUAGAUGAGCUCAAAUCAAAUGUAUUUAUAAAGCCCUUUUUACAUCAGCAGAUGUCACAAAGUGCUAUACAGAAACCCAGCCUAAAACCCCAAACAGCAAGCAAUGCAGAUGUAGAAGCACGGUGGCUAGGAAAAACUCCCUAGAAAGGCAGGAACCUAGGAAGAAACCUAGAGAGGAACCAGGCAAGAGAACAUUUGGAAAGUUGACCAAUAUAGCCACUCAACUUUUCCCGUUCCCCAGGUGCCACCAGUGUGCCAGUGUUUGUGCCGUGUGCCACCACGUGGUGAAGGGGCUGUUUGUGUGGUGCCAGGGCUGUAGUCACGGCGGGCACCUGGAGCACGUGAUGAACUGGUUAAAGAGCAGUUCCCACUGCCCGGCCGGCUGUGGACACCUGUGUGAGUACACCUGA